CCCUGGAACAGCGACUGAAAAAAAAAGAUCACCAACAGACGGUUUCAAGCUCCCCGCGACGGCAGCAGCCCCUGUUCGGAUCGGCAAUGUUGAGGAUGGAUGUAGCCUGCUAGAAAAAAAGACACCGGGGCACAGUGAGAGAGAACACUACUGCUGUGUAGCUAUGGAGAUCGUACGUGGUCGCUUUCUUUGACAGGUGUCGGAACCGGACUGAAUAAAAAGUAUCGAAACCAGCUUCAAGGAUGUACGCCAAGGGGAAAGGUGCUGUUGUGCCCUCAGAUAACCAAGCAAGAGAAAAGUUAGCGCUGUACGUAUAUGAGUACCUGCUGCAUGUAGGAGCACAGAAGUCUGCACAGACCUUCUUGUCAGAGAUACGAUGGGAAAAGAAUAUUACGUUAGGGGAGCCUCCUGGAUUCCUGCACUCGUGGUGGUGUGUAUUCUGGGAUUUGUAUUGCGCUGCGCCGGACAGACGGGAGAACUGCGAACACUCCAGCGAGGCCAAGGCCUUCCAUGAUUACAGUGCGGCAGCAGCCCCCAGUCCUGUGAUGGGGAAUAUGCCACCUAAUGAUGGUAUGCCAGGAGGACCCAUGCCGCCUGGAUUCUUCCAGGGUCCGCCAGGCUCCCAGCAGUCUCCUCACGCACAGCCCCCCCACGGCAUGGGACCACACGGACAGCCUUUCAUGUCGCCACGGUUUCCAGGUGGACCCCGCCCCUCUCUCCGAAUGCCAAAUCAGCCUCCAGGGGGAAUCCCUGGUUCUCAGCCUCUCCUGCCAAACAGCAUGGACCCCACCAGACCACAAGGACAUCCUAAUAUGGGUGGGCCAAUGAGAAUGAACGCUCCACGAGGAAUGGGGCCCAUGGGUCCACAGAACUACGGGGGUAUGAGACCCCCUCCUAACUCCAUGGGUGGUCCUAUGCCUGGGAUGAACAUGGGACCUGGUGGUAGAGGACCGUGGCCUGGUCCCAAUGCGAACUCAAUACAAUACUCCUCCUCAUCUCCCGGCCACUAUGUGGGUCCUCCAGGAGGAGGGGGGCCGCCCGGAACUCCCAUCAUGCCCAGCCCAGGUGACUCCAACAACUCCAGUGAAAACAUCUACACUAUGAUGAACCCUAUAGGACCAGGAGGAAACAGACCCAACUUCCCUAUGGGCCCGGGGCCUGAUGGACCGAUGGGAGCUAUGGGAGCCAUGGAACCUCACCACAUGAACGGCUCACUAGGCUCUGGGGACAUGGACGGGUUGCCAAAGAACUCUCCUAACAACAUGGGGGGUAUGAGCAACCCUCCCGGGACGCCGCGGGACGAUGGGGAGAUGGGUGGAAACUUCCUCAACCCAUUCCAAAGUGAAAGUUAUUCACCCAACAUGACGAUGAGUGUGUAAUUUUAAUUUCUUUAUUUUUUGUAUUUUCUUUUGGUUAUUUUUGUUUUUGUACCUUUCCACCUGGAUUUUCCAACCCCUCACCUUGGAUCGGACUCAUUCUGCCUUUCCCACCUCACCUCCACCCCCUCGAACUCUCGCCACUACCCAGGCUUCUAGGACAGCCCUGGGGCAUGCUGGGCCUCUAGUGAAGGUGGAGCUUCCCGACGCUGUCUGUGGCAUAGACAGGAAACAGAGACACAGGAAGUCCCUACUCUCUAACCCCGCCCCCUGCCUCUCUGACUUCUUGUCAGACUCUGGACAAUGAGAGAGGGGAUGAUGGAGAGACUGGAUAACAUGGACACCCUUCAGGACACAGCAUGGUAGGGUUCUGUCAGUAGCUGUCUGGAAGCUCGACAAACAUUUACAUUGGCAUUCGCUUUUAUUUUGAUGUUUUUAUUGUUUCUAGUGGAUACAGGGAACGCAUCUCAAAUGAUCCCCCUUUCCCUAUGUAGUGCACUACUUUUAGAGGAAUAGGGUGUCAUUUGAGACGUAGACAUGGAAGUGUCGUCUAGCCCCCCUCCCCCCUCGUUCACUCUGUGUAUACAUUUAAAAAACAAGUGUUGUGAUGUUUUCCAUUACUCUGUAUGUAAUGUAUUAUUGCUAUUCUUUUUAUAAUAUUUUAUUGUUAUGAUUUAAUAAUAUUAUGAUGAUUCUGUUUAUUUUAAAAUGUAGGAUUUAAUUUCUGUAGUUUUUUUGUUGUUGUUGAAAGGGCAUGCACCCACUGAUGACCUCUUCGUUAGUAACUUCACAGGACGGUGAACCUUCACUAGUCUCCUUAAGGAAAACCCACAGGAUAUACACAAUCUACUGCCCAGUCAGAGAACAGCGCCUUUGGUCCAUCAUGGUACUUUAAAUUGUAAUGUCCCUCUCCAUCCCCCUGAGAAGGUGUUUUCUCUGUAGUAGACUAAGUGACCCUGAACAUGCAGAGGAUGCACAGUUGUAUUUAUUGGUUUGAUUUUCCAUUGAGACAGAACAGGUUGACAAUAAGUCCAUCUACACACUCCGGAAUCACUCUGCACCAAUCAGCAUCAUCCACCUAGAGGAAGACAUCUUGGAAGUGUCUGGUUUUUGUUUUUACUUUAUUUUUUUUACCCAGAGGGCAGUUCUUCUGACCUUCUGUGAAAUUAUUCUGCUUGGAUGCUUAAAGGACUCUUGUAACAGAGCUGAGCCAAUCAGGAGGUGGUGUGCCCCCCCCCAAGAGGACAACAUUUGUCCCUCACACACAACCAACCAAUCGGCCUACCUACACCCUCCCCAACCAUCUCUCUCUCUCCUUUUGUGAUGUCUCUAUCUGUCUUUGGUUUGUUUUGUAAAUACUGUAAAGUGAAUUUUGAUAUCAUGACAUGUUUUGAUAUUUCCGUCUCAACCAAUGACUGAUGAGAAACGAGUUGAUUCAGACCAACUGGGUUUGAAAAGAGACGGUGUGUGUUUUUACAGUACCUCACUGUUCAACUCUGACACAACUAGGGCCAGGAGGGACCCUCUUUGUUGGAUCAUUAUGUAGUUAGGAACUACAACUAACGUUUAGAGUCCAGAGUGUUUCCUGGCCAGGUCAAGCUGUUAGGGAAAUCUCCUGUCCCUAGUAACGAUAGAUGAAAAGAAAAUGAUUGUUUUCUAUUAAGGCUUUUUCUGUAUUUGAAUUGAGAAAAGAUGUUAAAUCACAGGUUCUUAAUGAUAUGGAGAGAGUUAAGGGGGGAAAGGCUUCUGGUGUAGUUUGAGAUACUGCUGUAUAGAUUCAACUCUGAACCAUAUUCACUAAGGGCAAAUCAAAUCGGAAAUGCACCCAAUUCCCUAUAUAGUGCACUACUGAAGCCAAAAGUAGUGCACUACAUAGGGAAAUUGGGUGCCAUUUGGAACGUGCCCUAGUUUGCACUAGUGCAAAGUGUUUCUUGUUGGAAGAGGAUAAUUAUUGUAAAACGAACCGUGAAACUGUUUAGUUUUUAAAAUGUGAGAUAUAUUUACUUACCAUAACUAGGGCUAGGAGUGUUUUAUGUGCCCUUGUCAGUGGAGGCUGCUGAGGGGAGGAUGGCUCAUAAUGUCUGGACUGGAGCGUGGAACCAUGUUUGUCUGUAACAUUUCACUGAUUCGGGCUCCAGCCAUUAGCACAAGCCUCCGUCCCCAAUUAAGGUGCACCGACCUCCUGUGGUCCUUGUCAUUUCAUGUGCUCUGGAAAAACUCAUGGCCCUACUCAUGACCUUCUUUUGACCUUUCCACUCUGCCCAUACGGAAGAGGACGCCUCUUUUAUCUGUGACCGCAUGGGCUGCGCCAUUGAGGCUACAACCCAUAGGAACCCCCAUCCGGUUGACUACUUUAGUAUGGCGGAAGCCCUCAGUGGCGCUGCCCGUGCUAAAACGGCAUUUUGGCCACUAUUAUUCUCUAUGGCUCUACCUUUUUUCAAGUUGUUUCCUGACUGUGACCUGUUCAGGGAAACCUCCUGGCCCUAGUGGUGUCAAACUCUGCCCCGGUGCAAACGACUCUCCUGUAUGAAAAAUCAACGUUUGUCACAUUGUUGGUCGUUUCUGUGUUUCUAUGGUGACGUAUAAUACUGUUUCAUUCUGGGUUGAAAGGAGGGGACAGCGGGUGAGGAAACAUUUGACUGUUCCUUGGGUUUGUCCAUCUCGCUAGUCUAAAGUAGCGUCCUCCUCUCCCUUCACCUGCACUGACGAGGACGAUGGAUCUGUGCAGACGAAGGAGAUGACGUGAG